AUGGACCCCACCAUUGAGCGCGAGCUCUCCCGGCUUGACCCCGCGGUGCCAUUCCGCACCUCGUCGAACCACCUCCACCACACCUGGGCGCGCACCUUCUACUCGCGUCCCGAGCUCUACAUCCAGCCGCAAUCGCUCCCCGAGAUCCAGAAAGUUGUGAACCUCGCGCGCCGAUGCCGGCGGCGCAUCGUGGUCGUCGGGAGCGGCCACUCGCCCUCCGACCUAACAUGUACCUCGGCGUGGAUGGUAAACCUCGACGGGUUCAAUCGAAUUCUGGAUGUUGACCCGAAGACAAAAAUGGUCACUGUCGAGGCAGGGAUACGCUUGUGGGAGCUCGGAGAGCGGCUGGAAAGCGAGUAUGGGCUUAUGCUGUCGAAUCUGGGGAGUAUCGAUAGCCAGUCUGUCGCUGGGGUGAUUGCGACGGGGACGCAUGGGAGCUCGCUGGCGCAUGGACUGAUCUCCGAGUGUAUUGAGUCGUUGACGCUGAUGCUGGCAAAUGGGCAGCUUGUGCGGUGCAGCGCGAGCAGUAACCGGGAGCUUUUCCGCGCUGCGCUGAUCUCGUUGGGGGCGUUGGGGAUUGUCGUCGAGGUGACUCUGAGGGCCGAGGACCAGUAUAAGAUUGCGUGGAGGCAGACGAGGCGGACGCUGUCCAGUGUGUUGGAUGACUGGUCCGCUGGGCUGUGGACAUCGCAUGAGUUUGUCCGUGUGUGGUGGAUGCCGUAUCAGAAGAGUGCGAUUGUUUGGCAUGCGGAUAAGACGGAUCUGCCGUUGAUGGCUCCGCCGAAGAACUUCUACGGGGAGAAUCUUGGGUAUCACAUCUACCACAACCUACUGGCGCUGUCGAACUAUUUCCCGCGUAUGCUGCCCUGGGUGGAGUGGUUCGUCUUUGGGAUGCAGUAUGGAUUCAAGGCUGAGAAGACGGUCACUGAAGCCGUUGAGCCGGCCCGUACGGGGCUUCUGAUGAAUUGCCUCUACUCACAGUUUGUCAAUGAGUGGGCUCUGCCGUUGGAAAAGGGGCCGGAGGCGAUUACAAGAUUGUCCGCCUGGCUGCAUGGUGAUGCUGAAACGGCGCGCAUCCCUUUUCCCGUCGAUGGUCUCUGGGUCCACUGUCCUGUCGAGGUUAGGGUUGCAGACACUAGUCUCAACGAGAACCCCCGACCCUUCCUUGACCCUACCAACCGUGAAGGCCCGACAUUGUAUCUCAACGCGACCCUCUACCGCCCAUACCACCGCGACCCUCCUUGCAAGGACCGAUACUACGAGGCAUUUGAGUGGCUGAUGCGAGAGAUGGGCGCGAGGCCGCAUUGGGCCAAGAAUUUCAAGUCAACGGGCCAAGAGCUGCGAAAGUUGUACGGGCAAGACAUGGAUGAGUGGCUCAAGGUGCGUCAGAAUGUGGAUGCGGACGGCAUGUUCCUUGGCGAGUGGCAUGCCCGGACACUUGCCUUGUCCGGCGAUGAAAGCCAUCAUCGUCCAGGAUCAACGUCCUCGGGAGGAGUGACAGCAGCCUCGCUCUUGUUGAUGGAGCGCGAAAAGGCUCGUCAGCAAGUGAACCUUCGUGGUGCUGGCGAUGGCGUCGAGUGGAUCGGGGUUAAGAAGUGGGAAACGCCCAGAGAACAGGCGGCUAUUUCGUUGUCGACCAUAGAGAAGGAGUUGCACUCCUCCAGUUCGCCAACGACAGCAACGAGCGAGGAAAGUUUCGACCUCCUCGCAUCUGGCGAGGCCAGUGUGAUCAUUCCUGAACCAUAA